AUGUGGCCGAGAAUCGUAUCAGAAGUAGCAGACACCCCAUAUUUGAGGAUUGCCAGGCUACCAGGCUACCAGGCUACAGGGCCUUAUCCAACGCCAACUUUUAAAGCUGCCGCCUUGAUCGUAACAUUGGCUCAUCUUAUCACAUUGUCCGUGGCCCAGAAUUGUAGUCUGGCGCCAUUGUCCCUUACUAUCCAAAACACGACAUUUAGCGAUGGCAUAGCAGUCAAUCGAGGAGUCCAAACCUUGCUCGGUGGCCAACUUCUGGGACUACGCCUCUCACUUAGCCAGAAUAAUACACGUGUCAGGAAUGCACGAGACUGCUCUGACAUUCCAGCGAACUUCUCUUCUUGUCAGGGUGCAUCAGGGGGCGUAUUUAGUGUGUCCAACGACUCAUUCACACAAGUCCCUCCCAGCAAGUGGAAUGUCUCAGCCAUAGACCCCCAUCCACAAGAUGCCACAAUUAUCUUUGGAUAUGGAACUACUGAGUUUCCUGGGACUCCAGCAACGAUUGAAAAACUUCCAUUUGAGGUCUGGGCUGACAGCAAUGCGGCGAACAAAUCUGAACUUGCGCUCGGCCCAAGCUCGUCUUUCCUUGAGCGAUUGGUCGACGCAGCCUGGGCACCAACUCGUAACUUUGGGCUAUACUAUGGAUCCAGAUCGCAGAACUGGGCAAAGGAUGGUCAGCUUGUCAUUGGAGGAGUCGAUGUCGCAAGAUUCGAUGCGUCCUCGCUUCAAGAGUUCCCUCUGGCCGGUUAUGGAGCAUCGACAAGUUGUCCUCUGCAAGUGAUGCUUUCCGAUGUUAUAUUGACCAACUCCAACGGAAAUCACUCAUUGUUUAAAGAUCCCGAUGCCAGAGUUCCCGCUUGUGUCGACACAAUUCAGAAUGCAUUCACCUUCACCAGGACUAUGUACACAGAGUGGGCUCAACUUACACAACACAUUGAUUAUGAUGGUUCAAACUAUUCCGCACAAACCUACCCAGCAGACAGAGAACCCCUGAUUGGGUCUUUGACAAUCAAAUUGUCUAACGGUUAUACAUCUAUAAUUCCUCACUACGAACUAGUAUCGUGGGAGCGAGGCACAGAUCCUCAGGGAAAAUAUAGUAUCACAAACUCAUCCCGAGUAAUGGCCGCAGUUUCGACUGGGCAGAGUGAUUUGGGAAUUGAUGUGCCCUUGCUUGGUGGGGUGUUUCUAUCGCAGAACUACUUGCGCGUUGACUACGACCAGAAGAAAUUUUGGCUUGCUAAAGCCUUGACUUCUGACUCGACCUCAUCAUCAAUCAAGACAACUUGUGAGGUGAAGUCCUCGGGGAGUGGUACCGGAGGCAACGCCUCGGCGGGUGGCAACAACGACUUGGGCCUCAAGGUUGGCUUGCCAGUAGCUUUUGUUGUUGUUGCUAUCGGCUUGUUCGCAUUUUGGCUAUUCAAACGUCGGUCAAACUCUAUUCUUACUGGCUCAACCAAGACCACCAGCCCAUUUAGACGCGCCUUUUCUUUCUCCGUAGAUUUGCAUGAUGGGAGGAAACGCUCUGAGCUUGAGACGAUAGAGAAACCAGUGGAGGUGCCAAGUGUCAAUGUCACUGGCAGAAGAAUGUCCGAGCUCAGUGCUAUGCAAGCUGCCGAGUUACCUUCGCCUGCAACAUCUCCUAAUAUGAGAGGUUAUGUAUAA